GACGUCACAGGUAACGGACAGAAAGUAUUUUUGAAUUACGUCAUAUAGUGUCUAUAGGAUUUUAUCGUUUAAGCCGUAUAAGUUUCCUUAUCUGUAUUCAUCUACAGACCGAGUAUGAGAGAACGUAAGUAGACUUCUUGGCACCUUGAUAAAGAAUUUAAAACAGGGAGUAAGUAACUCAGUGGCAGUGGCUGGAAUGUACUGUUGAGUAAGUGGAACUAUUUACCCUCAUUAAAAGCGUACAGACGCAAAAAUUCUAGUAUCUGCAUCCACUAAACUUCUAAUGAUAUGAAGUAACUAAAUUACUGGGAAAGAUAUUCGCUGGCAGUUUUAUCGUUCAGCUCUGUUGACUGUUUUUAAACUGAUUAAUAAAAUACGAGCCUCAGGAGCUAAACUAUUAAAACUGACUGAUCCAUCUUGAUCGUCUUCUUUUUUAUACCGGAAAUUGAAAAUUAACUAUCAUAAAAGGUAGUGCUUACAACUAGGUUUCAUUCAGUUUGAAUGAUGAAGAUUCUACAAGUCUUUCUCAUCAUCUUAGAAAUCGCUUUUCUGGUUAUCCAGCUGAUCUCGUUAGUCUGCACUCACUGGAACUCCUGGGAUCUACGCUUCAACUGGACGAGAUCGCUUGAAAAGGUCAACGGCAGACCAGAAUCCGAAGGUCACCUUAUGUCAAAAGGUCACGCGGGAUUGUGGUCACGGUGUAUACAGCUCUAUGACGUCAGAACGAAGACUAACGAGACUCGAGCAUUAGCCGACAAGUGUAUGUCGAACUUCGACAAGGAGGGAGUAAGACCUUAUAGUUAUGGAAAGACGUGUAAAACAGCUGCUUCGGGACUGUGUGUGGCGCAAGGUGUGAUUAGUGGCCUACUUGUGCUGUAUUUAAACCUAAACACGUUUUGGAAAAGAACACCUACUGUUUUACGACAUUUUCGGCUUCCGCUUCUUCUCGGGCAAGGAGCCGUUUCAGUUGUGGUGCCUGUUGUGUAUAUCUCUGGAAACAUGGAAGAACUAGUACAUCAGCUACAGACGACCUACGGACUGUUGUUGAUUGUGGACAUGAACGUGUGGUACGCUCACAGCUGGGGGUUUUGGCUUCAGACUAGUUUACCCAUUUUAUGGGUUGUCAUCAUGGGAGUAGUGGUGGUGCUAGAGUCGUCCAUUAUGACUGAUGAAAACAACAAACGGAAACCACCUAGCGAGGAGAAAACAAAUGAAGAGCCCGAAGUCCCAGAACUUGAAGCUUUGCAAAGUACAAGGUGAAAGGCUGUAACUACAAAGUAGAAAACUAGCUCUCUCUCUUGUUACUUCAGGAUGAUAGAAAAACGAAGCCUAACAGAGCAGAUCAAUUUUUUUUUAUCAAUAAUGGUAAUGUCAACUGUUGAAUUACAUUUGUUGACCGUCAGAAAAUAACACAUCCAAUGAAAAUCAUUUGGUAGUACAACCAAGUAAAAUAACCUAGUAAUACAGUCAAGUAAGCUAACGCGUUAUUACAGCCAAGUAGAAUAAUUUUGUAAAAAAAUAAUUAAAAUAAUUUAGUAAUACUGCCAUGUGAAACCAUAUUUUGCUACAGCCAAGUAAAAUCAUUUAGUAACAUAGCCCAGGAAAAAUGAAUGGUAAAAUCAUCCGCCGAUACAGCACAUAAAAUCAUCUGAUGAUACAACAAAAUAAAUUCUUUCAGUGUUACAGCCAAGUAAAAAUCAUUGGGUGAUACAACAAAAUAUAAUCGUCCAGUGUUACAGUCAAGUAAAAAAUCAUUUGGUGAUACAACAAAAUGGAAAUCGUUCAGUGUUACAGCCAAAUGAAAACUAUCUGGUGAUACAACAAAAUGAAAUUGUUUAGUGUAACAGCCAAGUGAAAAUCAUUUGUUAAUACAACAAAAUAGAAUCAUUCAGUGUUACAGCCAAAUGAAGACCAUCUGGUGAUGCAACAAAAUGAAAUAAUUCAAUGCUACAGUCAAGUGAAAAUCAUGUGGUGAUACAACAAAAUAAAAUCGUUUACUGUUACAGCCAAGUGAAAAUUAUUUGGUGAUACAACAAAAUAAAAUUGUUUAGUGUUACAGCCAAGUGAAAAUCAUUUGGUGAGAUAACUCUUUCAAAAUACCUAGUAAUAAAGAAAAAUGCAAUGAUAAAGUUAACUAAGACUUACGUAUGGUAACGUUGUGUAACAAAAAAAAAGUGUUCCUCCCGGUGGUCAGGGUAUAUUGGCUAUGUUUUAUUUUCUUCUCUGACAAAUACUUGCACGAAUACUAACAAAAUAUAACUUGAACAGUACAUUUCAUAAGAAGAAAUCAUAUAAUAUGUUUUUACACUUUAGAAGUAGAUAGGCUUUAGAGGUUCUGUAUAACAAAUCACUUUAGUUACUUAGCAACAGUUAUCCUUAUUAGGAGUCCUGUAUAAUAUAUCACUUUAGUUACUUAGCAACAGUUAUCUGCAUUAGGAGUUCUGUAUAAUAAAUCAAUUUAAUUACUUAGCCAUAUUAUGAACAUAAACCAUUAAGUUUUAACUCGGUGCAAGUUAAGAAAAUGGGCCUUUUUAUUUCACACGCUGUACCGAUAACAUGAUGUGUAGUUCUAUUCCAUUAUGUCAUACUGUUCGUUUUUAACAAAGUAACUUUCGCCUUACAAUGAUAAAAGCAUUUUAGCCAUUAAAUGGCCAUGUGUUGUGACUUUUUGGCACGAGAAACGAUACUCUUCCAAGUGUUGUGUUGAACUACAAUUUUUAACAGGGUAGAUCAGGAACAUUCACUCAGGGUUAACCUCCCUCAUUUAACUCAUUUUUUUAUUGUGAUUAUUAACUCCCUGAUUAGAGAUAAAUCCGUAAUUUAUCGUAUCCAUAUCUUUUUCUUUUAAUGUUAAGAUAAUUUAUUGUUGUUUUUUAUCGUGUUAUCUGUUCAAAAGAAAAAAAACAACAUUAUACUGAUAAAGUGCGAGAGUUUCUCAGUAUUAUCAACUUAUUAUUCCUAUUUUGUUUCCUCUUUCAAGAAGGGUGAGCAGCAUGUGCCAGGUGCAGAUUUGUAAAACAAAAGCAAACAUGUACUUAAGCUUAUAAGAAGCUCACUGCACCUCCAAACCUUCCUGAAAAUAAUUUGAAAAGUCUUAGUAUAGCAAUAAGGUCUACGACUUGUAUUGUUUCGUAUAUAAUAACUUGUUUUCGCUAUAUGUCCUGUUCAAGUUUCUAAUACCUAGUUAGCAUGGUAGAGCAUUUUUGUUACAUGCAUAUAAUUUUUGUAUCCAGAAGUGAAAGAAAUUGAAGCUGCACUCUAAAAAGAAGACUCAUGUUUGGUUCCAUUUAGGAGUCUUCUCGAAGGUCCGACCAGAGAGUAAAAACAAUCACACAGUUUCGAUGUAAAAGCAAACCAAAUGGGUAAUAAUAUAAACCUGGUUGCAACACCACUUGAUUUAUCAGUCUUGAUAAAGAUUAUGACUAUUGUAAGGCCCCUACCUUUGUUAAUGUUUCCUACUGAAACCCCAUUCAGGUGCUUCUUUAAAUAUCAGAAGGAUGGUUAUGCACAUACGCAGGCGGGGGUUCCAGAGGGUUCAGCCGAACCCCCGAUUUUUGUGAUGUAAAGAAAUUAUGCUAAUUUAAGUCUAGCUUCAAAUGCAGUGUUACAACAGAAUGAUGAUUUGUCAACUUUUCAUUGGAUGUUUGUGGAUUUUAUGUGAACAGCAAUGCAAUUGUUUAAACUAUAUUUCAUACAAAAUUAUUUCCUGGUUUAAUCUCAUAGCACCUACUUUUCUGAGGGGCAUGCAGAUCCCCCGUAGCAUUAGCAUGUUCUGCAUGCUGAUUGUAUUGGCUUUUGAUCUCACAAAUUAGAACCAUCUUUCAAACAUUCUGCUUACGGGCCUCAAUACACCACACGUAUUCUCAACAGAAGCUAUCAUAAAGUUUUACAAGUCAACAGAGAUUCAGAUACAUUGAUGACAUUGUAUAGUUAUAUUGCAGCUACUUAUGGUAUUUAAUAUCUUCUACAUAGUCUACAUUCCUCUGAUGAAGUAUUAGCAAUUUUUGGAUUGAAAUAGUCGCAUGCAACCAGACCCCCCUAUCGUUUUUUACACUUGUGAGAACUUUUUAGCCAAUUUCUCUCAACUUUAUGGCAAAACGAAAAAUCUACCUGACAUGGCACACCAGAGCUCACGUCCCCAGACUAAAACAAUUUGAAUUAUUUUGUAUUUAUGACAAAGUUAUUAAGACAAUUUGCCGCCGUCCUUAAUUUUGAACUAGAAAUCUAGUCAAAAACACUCUACCACUCCCCACCACCCAUGCUAAUGGAUUGACUGUCAGUUUUGUAACGCACACGCAGCUUAAUGGCAGGAAAUAUUUUGUUAUAAUGCUCAGAUCCGAUCCCGGCUCGCCAGCUCCGAAAUCCAAAGUUCGACCACAGAGCCAACCCACGCCCGACCAAGACAAACAAAUUAUUCUCUCUGUUUCACCAUUACAUUCUAGAGAGUGUGACACACGAACACUACUGCCUUAUAAAUAUAAAUAUUACAGUAUCUGAGCAAAUGUUCUCUAAUAUCGUGCAGAGUGGCCUAUCACUUCCUACUAUGUAAGUUGCUUGGAUACACCCACAUAAAUAUUCUACACAUGAAAAUUCGUUAUUUUUCCCGUUAGCACUACUAGUGUUUGAUGUUUCUAUCUUGCUAUAUUGUGACUAUAACUUAAACAUUUUUCAUACGAACCUAUUUACGACUAAAUUUAAAACAAACUUGAGCAUUGAAUAAAAAAGGAACUCAACCAAGUCAACUGGGCGCCCAUCAGAAUCUUGAUUAGGACAUGAAGAACAAGCCAUUACGGCCCAAACAAGAGAAGAAAAAAACUUAUUUGUACGCACAUUUACGCUUAUCUUAUUCAGAAACUCGAUUACAACGUCUACUGUGUCAUAAAAAUACCAUUAACUUUUGUAAUGACAUGUGAUCGUUUUUCUAUUCUUUAAAUAAAAGUGUAUAUUUUCUUGUGUUCUUGUCCUACAGUAUAUUCAUUUUGAAUGUUAUUGAAAGUUGUCAAAAUAAAC